CACUGACUCAUGUGACCCCAAGAGGAAGCUCUGCAUUUGCAUCAAUGGUGCUGCUGCCGCCGCUCCUGCUGCUUCUUCUCCCUACUCCUCCUCCUCCUCCUCCUCCUCCUCCUCCCUUUUAGCCGCCUCCUCUUCGCCCCCUCCUCCUCUUUCUUCCUCCACCCAUCCAUCUCCCUGCCUGCAAAACUCCAACACCAACCGCCUCGCUCGCUUCCAAUCCUCCGGCCACUUGGUGAGGCCGGCGUCGGCGCUGUUCUUCGACUUCUUCUCUCGAUCUUUCUUUCUUUCUUUCUUUCUUUCUUAGUGGCGUCGAUGGAUUAAUGGAAUUGUUGAUGCAGAGACGGGGGAGGAGAUGGAGGAUGGCGUGGGCCACCUGUUCGACCACAUCGACGACUUGCUCAACUUCCCCUGCGACGACGACGCCGACGUGCUCGGGCUGGCGCAGGAGCCGCCGCUUCUGCUUCUUCCUCCGAUUCCGGUUCCCGUCGUCGACGAGAUUUUAGGCGGCGGCGAGGACGAGAAGAAGGCCGAGGCCGGCUUCGGGAUGGAGGAAGACAAGCUAGUCCCGUGCGACGAGCUUGACAUCAAGCAACUGGAAUGGAUGUCCAAAUUCAUCGAAGAUUCUGAUUCCUUCUCGCUCGGCCUCCCGGUCGGCGGCGCCGACAAAAGUGUCGGUGGGCGUUGUUGCUUCCGCACCUCGAGUCCGGUCUCUGUUCUCGGAGCGAACACUAACGGCGGUGGAGGUGGAGGCGGAGGCGUAAGCAGCGAUUCCUACACCACCGCGUCAUCUUCGUCCUCCUCCUCGUCUUCUGCAUCCUACUCCAUCGGCGGCGAGAAGGAGGGGAGGGCGAUGCCGCAGCCGCCACCGACGCUCAGCCCGCCGGAGCAGCCUGAGGUCCCGGUGGUCCCCGGCCGCGCCCGCAGCAAGCGCGCUCGCCCGGCCACCUUCUCUCCCCACCCGCUCGUCGUCAUAACCUGCCUCCCGCCGCCCGCCACAGCGGCGGCGGCUACUUCAGACCCGGAGAGCCUAGGCGACUCCUCGCUCCCACCGCCGACGCCGCCUCUCAAGAAAAAGAACAAAAAGAAGAACCCGUACGCCGUCGAGACAAAAUCGCCGCCGCCGGCGACGGCGCGGAAAUGCGCUCACUGCCAAAUCCAGAAGACGCCGCAGUGGCGAGCGGGCCCGAUGGGGCCCAAGACGCUCUGCAACGCCUGCGGCGUCCGCUACAAGUCCGGCCGGCUCUUCCCCGAGUACCGCCCCGCCGCCAGCCCCACCUUCGUCCCCACCGUCCACUCCAACUCCCACAAGAAGGUCGUCGAGAUGCGCAUCAAGGUCGCCCAAGCCGCCGGCGCCGACGGAUGCGAUCUCCUCCACUACAUCCGCCGCCAGCGCGACUGAAUCCGACAACAAAUUCCUUCUUGCCCGAGCCAUGAUCCAGUAACUUGCUCUGUUUUCUGAAAUUCAUAAUUUUUUUUUUUACCUCUCAUGAAUUUUCCGACAAAUCCCCUUCAAUUUUUGUAUAUUAUAGGAAGUGUGAGUGGUUGACAAGAUCAUAACUAGCCAGGAGGUAGUAAGAAGAAGAUGACAUUUAUGCAAUGAGGGACAAUUAGUUCUUAAUAUUGUUUAGUUUAGAAUCGAGUAAUGGAGGGGGAAAAGUCUUCUAGUUUGGUUGUUUGAGAAUUUAUUAUUAUUAUUAUUAUUAUUUUAUUUUUGAA